UUGCGCUGUGGAAGGCUAUUAAGACAAUCCUGCGAGAAAUUAAGGACACUACUAUUCCUGAGAAAGAAUUAGGACACCGUUUCGGAGCGUUCUUAUAGAAAACAUAAAGUGAUUCCGGAGACGAUUCCUAAUUGAUAUUAAGGAAUCUAUAUUCAGGACACCAUUUGUGAAACGUAUUCAGGACGCAAUUCCUGAUAUAUAUUUAAGACACCUUUCCUGAGCUAUAUUAAGAACACCAUUCCUAAUGGGAUAUUCAGGACACCAUUUGUGAAACGUAUUCAGGACGCAAUUCCUGAUAUAUAUUUAAGACACCUUUCCUGAGCUAUAUUAAGAACACCAUUCCUAAUGAGAUAUUCAGGACACCUUUCCUAAGAUAAAUUAAGGACACCAUUCCUGAAGGAUAAUCAAGACAACAUUCCUGACAUAUAUUCAGGACACCAUUCCUAAGCGAAUAAAAUGGAUCGAAUUAAUGUAAGUCGUUUGUCAUUUCGCCGCAAAGUGAGUCAUAAAAAGGAUAAACAUCGACACGAACUUUCCGAUAACAGCAGUGAGGAUAUACCUAGGAUCAAGUAUAUUAGUCAGACGGAAGCUCAGAAUAUUGACCAAGAGCUGUUUACGGAAUAUGCCUUUAGUGUUGACCAGCUUAUGGAACUUGCCGGUUAUAGCUGUGCCGUGGCAAUAGCUAAGUGUUAUCCCAUAGAAGAGAUGACGAAAGACAACCAUGCGGUGUUGGUUUGUUGUGGUCCGGGAAAUAAUGGAGGGGAUGGUUUGGUGUGUGCGAGACAUCUUAAAAUGUUUGGCUACAAACCAACCAUCUUCUACCCGAAGCGGCCAUCCAAACCCCUGUUCGACGCAUUGUACCAGCAAUGUGAAGGGAUGGACAUGCCUGUUUUAUCUUUCUUCCCAUCAGAAGCUCACCUUAUAACCGACUCGUACAACUUCGUAGUCGAUGCCUUGUUUGGAUUUAGUUUCAAAGCCCCCGUGAGACCGGAAUUUGAACCAGUCAUGGAGACGCUGAAAAAGAUUGAGGCGCCCAUUUGCAGCAUUGAUGUUCCCUCAGGAUGGGACGUUGAAAAAGGCGAUCCUAAUGGUCUUCAACCCGAACUGCUUAUCUCACUAACUGCUCCCAAACAAUGUGCUCGCCUGUUCAAAGGAAAGCACCACUACCUUGGCGGAAGAUUUGUCCCUCGUACUUUGGAACAAAAAUACGAGCUGAAUCUGCCGCCUUACCCUGGCACGGACUGUGUGGUGGAAUUAAAGCAGGAUACACAAGAGGAUGGGACCGCAUAGCAGCUUGUGUCAAACAGGGAACUGUCGUCGAUCUUGAGUGUUCGCGUUGAUAACUUGCUGAUUUUGUACUUCCGUUUUAUGUUGAAUAGUGUUUUAUUUGUUAUAUGCGAAUAAGGAUGAACUGAUCCAUACAUACAUUUCAAAAGUUCAAUAAAAUGUUAACUAAAAAUGAACAGUUCACGGCAUGAUAAUAGUUGAUAGUUAACUUCCUUGCUAUUUAUAACAUUAUUUAGUUAUUUCCUAAUCUGUUUUCGACAUAAUUAUGACAAU